AGCCAGAGGGCUUGAGGUGACCGGCGAAGGUUCAACGAAAGACGGGGCCCGGACUUGAUUAUAGGGGCCCCCCCUUUAAAGCUAAAAACGCCCGGGCCCGGGGACCCCCCGAUGGCGGCCCUGAUUACAAGUGAUAAAACAAAAGCUCUUCAGAGUUAACGCAUGCGCGUAUCGUCUCUCUGCCAACCAACAGGGGACGAGCAAGAAACUUCCGCCAACCAUUAAAUCUGCGCAGGUGCAAAAGCGGAACUUCCGGAUUGAGCCUGUAGUUCUCCCCGCGCAUGCGCAGUAGGGUGCGAGUCCCAGAGCGGCCGAAUGCUGGAGAAAAAACCGAACGUGCGCUCUAAUGACCCCAACCAGCGGCGGGUAUUGGACUCCGCUACUCGCCAGCGGCGACUCAACCGGCAGCUCGAGGCCUUGGAGAAAGAUAAUUUCCAAGAUGAUCCCCAUGCAAAUCUGCCCCAACUCAAGCGCCUGCCCCAGUUUGAUGAUGAGGCGGAAACCGGAAAAAAGAAGAAGAAAACCCGCGGGGAUCACUUUAAGCAGCGAUUUCGCAAAAACUUCCAGGCGCUGCUGGAGGAGCAGAAUCUAAGUUCCUGCGAGGGACCCAAUUACCUGACGGCCUGCGCUUCUGCCUCGACCUUCCCCCAGCGACACUUCUGCAGCGUGUGUGGCUUCCCCUCCAACUAUUCCUGCGUCUCCUGCGGUGCCCGCUACUGCUGCGUCCGCUGUUUGGUGACCCACCAAGAGACCCGGUGCUUGAAAUGGACGGUGUGACGCGGAGCCCAGGCCUCUUCCCGAAUGUUCCUCUCUGUGUACAGACUAUAAAUAUGUAUCAUAAUGUCAGGUUUUUUUAUAAGUUGUUUUUAUGUACAUCUCGCAAACAAACUAAAAUUCCACUUCCACUUUA